CCCAUGAGCUCCAGUGUAGCUGCCACUGCGCCUGCGGCUGUGGCUGCCUCCAGGAAGGAGUCUCCAGGCAGGUGGCCCCUGGAGGAGGAUCUGACAGGCGGGGGGCCCUCACUCCAGUGCCGUGUGUGUGGCGACAGCAGCAGUGGGAAGCACUAUGGCAUCUAUGCCUGCAACGGCUGCAGCGGCUUCUUCAAGAGAAGUGUGAGGAGGGGCCUCAUCUACAGGUGCCAGGUGGGUGCAGGGAUGUGCCAGGUCGACAAGGCCCACCGGAACCAGUGUCAGGCCUGCCGGCUGAAGAAAUGCUUGCAGGCAGGCAUGAACCAGGAUGCCGUUCAGAAUGAGCGCCAGCCUCGGGGCACAGCCCAUGUUCGCUUGGAGCCAGACACUGAGCCCCGGGCGGAGGCCCUGGUGGUCCCUCCACCUCCGGCAGGGCCCAGCCCACGGGGCCCCACGCCUGUGUCUGCAGCCAGAGCCCUGGGGCCUGGGGCCUUCACACCACCAGGGCACCACCACUUCAUGGCCAGCCUCAUAACUGCAGAAACUUGUGCUAAGCUGGAGCCUGAGGAUGCCGACGAGCAUAUUGAUGUCACCAGCAAUGAGCCUGAGCUUCCGUUGUCCCCAUACUCCUCCCUGCCCUGCAGCCUGGACAGCAUCCAUGAGACGUCAGCCCGCUUGCUCUUCAUGGCUGUCAAGUGGGCCAAGAACCUGCCUGUGUUCUCCAACCUGCCCUUCCGCGACCAGGUGAUCCUGCUGGAGGAGGCGUGGAGUGAACUCUUCCUCCUCGGAGCCAUACAGUGGUCCCUGCCUCUGGACAGCUGCCCUCUACUCGCCCCACCUGAGGCCCCUCCUGCCAGCAGCUCUCAGGGCCAGCUCAAACUGGCUAGCAUGGAGAUGCACAUCCUUCAGGAAACCAUCUCACGGUUCCGGGCACUGGUGGUGGACCCCACAGAGUUUGCCUGCAUGAAGGCCCUGGUCCUCUUCAAACCAGAAACGAGAGGCCUGAAAGAUCCUGAGCAUGUGGAGGCCUUGCAGGACCAGUCCCAAGUGAUGCUGAGCCAGCACAGCAAAGCCCAUUACCCCAGCCAGCCUGUGAGGUUUGGAAAAUUGCUCCUGCUCCUCCCGUCUUUGAGAUUUAUCACUUCUGAACGCAUUGAACUCCUCUUUUUCCGUAAAACCAUAGGGAAUACUCCAAUGGAGAAGCUCCUUUGUGACAUGUUCAAAAACUAA